CUUUGGGCUCCCCCGCAAGUCAAGAACUCAGGUAGUUCACCUCCUUGGCUCAACUCCCUCACCGUGAAUUUCAAGCAAGACCCUUCUUGCCCAACACCCAACCGCGGUUGCCGUUCUCGGGCGGUCAGGCAGGUCGCACCUUCCCCACGACUUGAAACUGCCAGGCGACCAUCCCGAUUUCCUCGGCGGCAGGCAGGUGCAGGCCAAACUCUGCCCCGACUGUACCCGAACCACUGUUCUCGCGUCCUCCGACUGAGUACAUCGCGCCAUUAGCAACAGCCUCACGAUGGGCGCCACAAUACCCCGGCACCGCUUGUUCAGCAUGCGGAACACCUUAGUAAGGGCGCUUAUACUCGCCAUCGCCAUGUUUACCAUCGGUGGAAUAUUUCUUCCGCCCGACGUCGACGUGAGAGCAGCCAUCCUGAAAACGGCUGCCUCGGCGCGCGAGGCCAUGACGCUGCAAACACCAAUAAGCCGGCCUGAAUCUGCUGGCUGGGGCCCUGGAGGAGAGCCGGUUGAGCAGGAUGCGGAUGGGGAGGGAGCAGAACCGACGAUAUCGAACUCGUCCCACGUCAUGACUUGCGGGUACGACAUGGAACGUCUCAGAAGGUGGCAAGAACUGUACGGCCUCGAAGAAACCUUCGAGUACACGAAGCGCUAUGUGCAGUCCAGCCGCCAGGACAUUCCAAGGAAAUCAGUCACGCACCUUGACCAGGACUUCCUCGCCGACGCCGUCAAGGUGGUGGAUGUGAACAGGCAGUACCAGGCUGAGACGUGCCCGGAACCCCUCGUUGCCCCGGUCACCAUGUCCCCGUUCCCGGCCACGGCCAACGCAUCCGACUUCAUGUUCGGUGUCUCGACUACCUACAAGCGAUUCGUUGACAUACGCACAAGCCCAAUCAACGAGUGGACUUACUGGCUCACGGACGGCAAGGGCAAUUCCAACGGUGGAAAGCUCGUGCUGCUCCUGCUCGACGCUACAGAUGAUGAGCUCGAGGAUGCGUACAGCAAGCUCGCCAAGGUCGGCAUCGACGUGGACGUGUACCGCUCAGAUCCGAAUCUCAUCAUGGCGGUACGGUACCUCGCUCUUGCGCCCAGGUUGUACAACCACCCCGAGCGCGUCAACAAGAAGUGGCUUGUUGUCUGCGACGACGAUACCUUCUUCCCAUCCUUCAAUGCACUCGCCGACAGGUUCGCCCAAUACAAUCACGAAAUGCCCAUGUACAUCGGUACCUUCUCCGAAGACGUCAACAACAUCCAGCGACACGGAUCACAGGCAUUUGGCGGCGCCGGCGUGUUUCUCAGCGUGCCCAUGGCUGCGAUUAUCGCCGAGAGGUUCGAAUCUUGCAGCAGCGACAACAAGAUCCGCGAAUCCGACACGGGCUGGGGCCCGCAGGGCGACAUCAUGCUCCGCAUGUGCAUCUACGACAACUCCGAGGUCAGGCUCACCCUUCUCAAUGAGCUCUGGCAGCUCGACCUCUUCGGCGACCCGUCGGGCUUCUACGAGUCCGGCAUCCGGCCGCUGUCUCUGCACCACUACCGCGGCGGCAUCUGGCACAUUGCCCAUCCGUGGCACUACACCAAAGUUGCGCAUGCUUGCGGCGAGGACUGCUCGCUGCAGCGGUUCCAGACGGCCGACGAUUUUAUCAUCUCCAACGGAUACAGCAUCGCCUACUACCCCCGGGGCAUCGACUUCGACCUGGACCAGUUCGAGGCCACCUUCCGCCCUGCACCGGACGACAAGGGGUAUAACCUCGACUUCAUGAUGGGCCCGCAGCGGCCGCCGCUGCGAAAGUCGGGGCGCAAGAUCGCCUGGGAACUGCUCGAGGCGAAUGUCAACGAGGACGGCAGCGUCAGCCAGGUGUACGUGUCCAAGCGCAACGACGGGCGGUGGACGAACGGGGAUGGGUCGCCCAUGAAUAACCGGGAUGGCAUCAUCGAGCUCGUAUGGCUGCCAGCAGAGUAACGGUGUCGGUGGUGUUUCUUUUGUUUUCACUUCGAUCUUGAUGCCAAAUAUCAUCAUUCAACCCCUUUAUUGCUUUUGUUAUUUUGAGUUUGGGUGU